AGACUUUGAUUUAUUUACGUCAAAAUUUUGAUUUUCUCAUAAAAAUUUGAAAGUAGAGAGUUUUAAGAAACCAAAAACAUAACGGCAAACGCGAUAAAAUAAUAAUUAAAAAAAAAUCAAAGAAAAAAACAAAAAAAGAAUUAAAAAACAAAUAGGCAAAAAAAGUGUAUAAAAUUUGUAGAAAAUGAACGGAACGGUCAAUGAGGAAGAGGGCAUCUACAAGGUGAGCCAUUUCUGGACAUGUGCCGAGCUGCUGCCAGCGCUGCCCCAUGUGAUAAAGCUGAGGGAGAUCUUUCAAUUGUUUGUGCGGCCGCUGGGCAGCAAUGCGCUGGACAUACUGAAGGUAUCCGAAUGCCUGCGCGCCAUGGGCGUCCACUUCAAGGAGUCCAAAUUGAAGGCGUGUCUGGUGCAGCGCCUGCUGCAGUUUCCCCGGGUGAAGCCGCCGACGCGCGUCAGUUUCGAGCUGGUGCUGAGCAUCUACUGUGAGCUGGCCAAGCUGGACAAUAUGCCCAGUGCGGCGAUGAUGAUCAACGGAUUGCGCUGCUGCGAUCUGAACGGUACGGGCAAGCUGCCGUAUGAACAAUUGCGACGAAUGCUGACAACGGUAGGCGAACGGCUGAACGAGGCGGAGGCAUCCGCACUGUUGGACACCAUGAAGGAUGACAGCGGCAAUGUCAACUAUGUGGCGCUGAUGGAGAAUCUGUUCUGCACGGACGGCGAGGCCGCCGCCAAGCUGCAGCAGUCGCGCAUUUAUCUGGAGGCGCUCGGCAAGAAUGCCUGCCACAUGGACAUGCAGAAGCGGGAUGCGUUCAUCAAGGCGCUGCGCAGUCUGGACUUCACCAAUACCGGCUACGUUCCGCACGAACGGAUGCUGGACCUGCUCAAUCGGACCGGAGACAGUUUCAGCAGCGCCGAGCUGGUCACCCUUACGCGCGGCAUGACGAAUUCAAAGAAGCAAAUCGAUUAUCGCCGUUUUCUGCGCCUCAUCAUGAACGAGUGAAUGUUUAAUUUUUAUUUGGCGAACUAUUAGAUGCGUGUUCUAGAAAUCAAUUUGGCAAACCCAUUAUUUGUUAUCAGUUAAUAUCAAGGCAAAAUGUACAGUCCAAAUUCUCUGCAGCGAAAGCGCCAAUAAGGUGUCCACGCAAAACUUCGGUUUUGCACCAAUUCAUCUUUAGCUCUGCUUGAAUUCAGGAGAAUCAUCCAGUUUCGGCCAGCAUCCAGCAGGAUUGUAGAUCUGUCAAGAGAGAACAUCCAUUUAACCGUUAGAAAAGAUUUACUUAAAUUCGAUAGAAAAACUCAAUCGAAGUCUGUUUAUCGAAACUUAGCAAAUUCUUAUCGAAGUCAAAUUUGCUGACUGCUACGACACGCAGCAGAGCGCACAGCGCCAUCUAGGUCUCAAUAAGCCAACGUAUAACAGUUGAAAGAGCAGCACUAACACUUUCUAAAGUCUGGCAGCGCUUGGCCUAACGGCUUUUUAUG